GUCCCUUUAAUCCUGACUUACAGCUGUGAGUCAGGGCUUCAGUGCUGGAAGUUCAAACACUCCUGAGAACAAUGUUCGUGAGUAACAUCAGUGGGUUUGUGAGCCCAAUCCUGGCACUUUGGAGGAGGUCAGAUCCUUGGCUUUUGGAGGUGCCAUUGAGAGAGGUUCAAAGGUUGAAUAGGAAACCAUUGGUUUGAUGGAUGGAGCGCAAUAUUUGUUGGUGAGGAGUCUUCCAAGGCUGCCACACUGCAAUAGGUGGGAAGAAGCUGGGAAAAAGCAAACCUAACACAGAGAAAUUGUGCACCAUGCUUAGAGAAGCUGCUGUUUCCUCCUUUACUUGUCAGGUGUUCUAAGGAAAAGGAAAAAGGGUGGGGAAAAAAAACAGGAAAAUGGAGGGGGGAAGGAAACAACAAAUACAAAUAAAGAGGAAAAAAAGGUCAAAAGAGUAAAAAAAAAAAAGAAGUCCUCCAAAAAGGAGCAGUAAAUGUGCACCGCUAAUUGACCAAAGCCCUGCCAAGCAAAUCUUUUGUCAGAUCAUCUGCCCAAAAUCAAAACCCCGGACUCAGCAGGCCCCGUUACCSGCGGUUCUGCCUACGAAGCAGGAAAGCGCAAAGCCCCCAGUUCCCGCGGCUUUGUUAAAAAGCCCUCGCGACACCAGCCCCGGCCGGCUCCCCCCCCGCCGGCCCCUAUAUAGUGGGGUGUCCAGUGAUCUGUCCAUCGCGGGUUUGGUCUGGCUCCCGCUUUUGGUCUUGGAUAACAGCCAGCAGAAAAUGUCUCAAUACUCAGGAAAAGUAAGUAACGACCCAACCGCUUCCCUUUCAGCCUGGGGCCGGAGAGCCCGAGCAUCCUCCGGGUGGAAGGAGUUGAUGAGGACAAUAGAGCUGCGGGCGCKGUGUGAGUGCUGAUCCCGGGAGCAAAUCUGGUAGCAGGGAUGGGGAGGGUGCGGCAGAAGGAGCUASGUUUCGGGAGCCGAAUUUCCUGUUUAAACAUUCCUGCUGGAAAUAUGUGUGAGUGAGCACGAGGCGGCAAGAAGUGUCAUAAAUGCGGGAUGCACUGCGUUCCCAGAAAAACAAAUACACUUAGGAAAAAAUGCCAGCGAUGCCGUGCUCCUGUUGCUGGAAAGCAGCUAAAAUAACCCAAACCACCCUGAAAUGAUGCCUCUGCAAGARAUUCCCAUCUGCUCAGGAUGGGAGUCUGGCCAUGCCCCUGCUCCUCACUGUGGGUCCGUUCUCCUCCCUCCCCCCAGAUCACUUUCUACGAGGGCAAAUGCUUCACAGGCAGGAAGCUGGAUGUCUGCGGCAGCUGCAACAGCUUCCAGGACCAAGGUUUCCUCAACCGGGUCAACUCYAUCUGUGUCCAGAGUGGGGCUUGGGUCUGCUUCGACCACCCUGACUUCCGAGGGCAGCAGUACAUCCUGGAGCACGGCGAGUAUCCCGAUUUUUACCGCUGGAAUGGACGCAGCGACCACCUGGGCUCCUGCCGGCCCAUCGGGAUGCACGGCGAGCAUUACAGGAUCGAAAUCUUCGAGGGGAGCCAUUUUAGGGGUCCCAGCCUGGAGCUGACAGAAGAUUGCUCCUUCCUGCAGGGACAAGGCUGGGACAAGACCUGCAUCAAUGCCCUCAAAGUGUACGGCGAUGGCGCGUGGGUGCUGUACGAGGAGCCCAACUACCGAGGCCGCAUGUACGUGGUGGAGCGUGGCGAGUUCAGCAGCUUYAACGCGUGGCAGGCGCGCAGCGCCAGCGUCCAGUCCAUCAGGAGAGUCGUCAACUACUUCUAGCUGAGCUUCCACCCUGCCAGCCAUGGCCCGCUGAGACUGAGCAUCRCCCUCCUUCCACUCCCUGACCCCUGGAAUAAAUUGUUAAACACCAGCUUUUGGCUCUAAGYACUUUUUUUCCAUAACUAGCAUGAGUUCAAGAGAGAAAAGGUUUGUAAACAUUCCUAGGCUUGAUUUACGUGCUGUGAAUUUGCUUUCUUAUUCUUGCAGUGGUUUAUAAGGGGGACAUGGGAGGAUGGGCCAGAACU